CAUCGCAUCAUCAUCAAUUCGGAAUCGUACCUGAAAGAGUGUAGAAAACCCGCUAGGCUUUGCUAAAUUUUUGAGUAUUAAUACUGUAGCUUUCCCGUGCGGUUUGUUGAAAUAAGUUACACAUUAACCUCUCGUAACAUAACAAGUACGCAAGUCUAUCUAAGUAACCACUACCAUUACCGCCACCCGACACCUCACCAAUAUCAAUAUGAGUUCAAAAGAAGCAGAAGCAAGAGGCGAUGCGCUCCCCUCCUAUGAGGAUGCCUCUGGUCCCUCAUCCUUCGCACAUAUAGGCCAAGAAGACGCGCCGAUGCAAGGGCCUUCUCUAGCAUCUCCUUUCAACUUCCCUUCUGAUUCCAAUCUACCUUCUUAUACAGCGUCUCCUACCACUACCGAGCAACAACGCCCUAUUGCCAUUCCUCAGCUUAAGCCAGAUUUCACAUCACCCUUCCUCGACGCUUACACCCAGAUUUUACUUCGUCAUGGCGUCACAGAAGACACAUGGGUCGCAUUCUUACGCACGCUAUCGGGUUUCCUAGCCGCGACCGUGUCCGAGAAAGCUAUUAGCCACGCCGCCGAGAUCGGGCAACAUAUCGGCGACGUGCCGAAGCGCUUCGGUAAGGAAACAUUAGCCCAUAUCAAACAUACGGGCCACAACAUUAGCGACAGCGCCAAGAAGGGUAAUUACAUCGGCGCGGCUACACGCGUAGUCGGUGGUGCCAUCGCCCUACCCGUAGCCACUGCCAUCCGCGCAGCAGGUGCUGUCGUCUCCCUCCCAUUCGCGGCCAUCGGCGCCGUCACCAAGGACCCCAAGACACCACGGGAGCGUGCCGUCGCGUACGCCGCAGCCGCCAACGUCAAGUGGCUGCACAGUCGAGGUCUCGAGGCCCACCUCUUAGAUACGGCCGAGCUAGGCCAUAAUCUCGGCUUACCGCUGAAUGAACUACUCCAGCUAGGGCGGGCCAACAAAGAUGCGGAUGCGGCGGGAAAGCUCGCUCUCUUGGGGACGCAUAUUGCAGAGCUAAAAGUGCGCAUGGCAGCUAAUCUCGAAAUAGGAGCUAACACAUUAUGGCUGGUUGUCAUGGAGAAGGCCGUGGACGAUGUUCAUGAUGACAAGGAUAAGGGCAAACAUAAGAGUAGGAAAUGAAAUAAAAGGAUAGUUAAAUGGGAAGGGAAAUAAUGUUAUACAUGGCUACUCAUUACGUAGGAGUUAUCUAAAAACUUGUUUUAUAUACUAAAUGCUACAGUAU